UGUGUUAUCACAUUGCCAGACACAGCCCUGUGCUUGGCAUAGGACAUUCGCAGCCCUGUGCUUUGAAUAGGACCAGGGGCGGACUGACAACUCAUGGGGCCCCCGGGCAAUAAGGGAUCAUGGGGCCCCUGUGUCCUUGCCCACACUCAAAAAAAGCCUAUGAAAAAGGUACCAGGGGCAUCUCAUGGGGCCCACUACUGACCCCGGGCCCUUGGGCAGUGCCCGAGUUUCCAAACGGUCAGUCCACCCAUGGU